AUGACAAGAGAUGUACAGAGGUACAAAUGGAUUGUUGACAAGCUGAAGGAGGAGGAUGUGGUGGUCGCCUGGAAGCAGGUCAAGGAUAAGAUCGGGCGCCUGAAGAAGACGGGCUCCAAAAAGGUUAAACUUCAUGUGCAGCCCAGAGUGCGCAGAAGUAGGCUAGAGCGAACCGGGGCAGCUGCUGAUGAUGAUGAUGAUGAAGAUGAGCUGGACUGGGAAGAGAUUCUCAAAGAAGCGAAGUGGCCACUACUCAAAUAUUUCUAUGAUCUGUGGAAGUCUCAUCCCACUCUGGGACUGGCUAUUUCCACUGAUAGUGCCCAAGACACCAGUGAGGAUGAUGAUGAUGACAACAAUGCUGAUGAUGCUGAACAGGCAGCUUCAGCAGAGGCAGCCAACCUCAGUGCUACGAGCAACAGAGCUAGUACAAGCAGUGAUAGCAGUACUGCACACACUACUGGAAACAGUGGAACUUUUGGUGAUGGUGACAUAGAUGAUUAUUUAUACCAUGACGUGGCUGAUGACAGCGAGGCCGAUAGUUCUGAUGGACUUCCACCAGCACGUGCUGCAGCACUUUCAGCACAGCCUGUCCUCCCAUCUGCAGCAUUGCCUGCAGCAGCACUUUCAGCGCAGCCAGUCGUACCAUCAGCAGCAUUGCCUGCAGCAGCAUCUACCCCACUGCCUCUACCGACGCAGGCAACAGCAAGGCCACGAGCACAGGCGCAAGCUCAAACUCAACAGGAGCCGCACAAUGGCCGUGCUGGGCCUGCCUUGCCUCCCACACCACCGAGUCGUGCACAGCUACAACAACAGCAGCAACAAUUUGAAGAGCGGAUGAGAGAUCGUGAGGAGAGAACGUCAUCAGCCACACAACGGCAAAAUCAGGAAUUCCAGAUGACUGUCCAGCAGUCCAUGAUGACAUUCCAGGCCACACUUGUGAGCAACCUCUUCAAUGGUCCCGGACCAAGGUCUUCCCGGAACGAGGGGCAGGACUGA